UCGAAUUCGCAAUAAUUAGAACAUUAUUAAAACAGUUGGAGGCAUAUUUAUUUACAAUACAUAAUUUUAAUUCGAGCAGCAAAGCUUCAAUAUGAGAAAUAGAAAACUUCCAUUGCCUUCCGAUCCUCUACCGGAUAAGUGUAAAUCCCUUAAAAAGACCUAUGGGAAAAAAAUUGAAAAAGAAACAGAACCUUCUUCAGAUCUAUCAGAAAUUAGUGAAGACUGUUUCACUGAUAUCUUAUCUUCAGAUAGUGAUGAUUCCAGUAUUGAAGAAAUAAAGAAUGGGUUGAUGUCUCUGAAAGCAACAUCUCGUGUGAUAGGAGAAUCAGUAGAAGAGGAGGAGUCACCAGAAGAUGAAGAAUCAUUAGAAAGAAUGAUAUUUUAUUCUAUGUAUCUUGAUGACGAUUUUAAUACUAAAGAAGAACCAGACAUAGAACCGCAGCGCAGUUAUGGUUAUGAUAAUUACCGGCCUUAUACAGGAAUAGAAGCUUACUUAAAGGAUCAGGAAGCACAACAAUAUAUAUGGGGUGAAAUGGAAAAUGAACAAUUCGAAAACGUUUUGAAUGCAGGGCUCAAAGAAGAGCUUGGAUUAGAAGACAUUGAUGGCAAUGUUUCAAUAAAAACUCUGGCAGAUAACAAUUUUCAAGUUUUAGGAAUGGAUGGACCAACAAGAAAAAUUGCUCUAAUUUUUGAUUAUAGACCAGAAGAUGGUAUCCAUAUAUCGAGUGAUUUCAGAUAUUUUAUGAAUAGUCAAAAAGAGAAAUUUACUAAUAUAGGUGGAGUACUGUUGCUGUAUGAAGAAAUUGGUAUUCAUAUCAUUGAGGGCUCUGAAUAUGUACUCUUGAGGCAUUUUCCAAUUUUCUUCAAGGAUCAGAUCUUCAUAAAACUUCUUAACUGUAAAGUUUUAGGGGUAGAAGAACUGUCAGCAAUGAAAUCUUUCAAGCAUUAUGCCUGUUACAAAGGUUUCCCACGAAAACUUAAGCAGAAAAUUCCAGAAAAAAUAUUCACUUAUGUAGAUUCUAUUAAAUUUCUGCAACAACUUGGCAAACGUCUGAAUACAUUUUUGAAGUUUGUUUAUUCUGAUAAGCCUAGUGUUUCCGAAGAUAAUAAAAUACCUGAAGAUGUUACUUUGCAUCUCCCUCCAAAAGAGUACCUUUAUUUUGCACUGAGAGGUGAUUGGACACCUGGUCUUAGGUCAGUAGAUGAAUGGUUCGAAAAUGCAAUAGUCCUUGCAACUGAAGCAGAUGAUUCUGAAUUUGUUUUUCCUCCAAGAUCAGAUCAUUUACCUGUUCAUAUACUACACACAACCCCCGAAGAAGAUGAAAAUCUAAGAACUGCUACCACCCAAGAAAUGAAGUCUGUCAAGUUACCUAGCACAAAAUCACGUGAACAUGUGGAAGAGAAAAUUGAAAAUGUACAAAAAAAAGAUGAGUUUGGUAAUCCAAUACUCCCUUUUAAUGAAGCCAUGGAAAAUCUAUUAGAUACAGAAUAUGAGUUCCCUCCAGAAGUAAAAUCACGUCCUGAAGAUUUCUCUGAAGGAGAAAAAGGAUAUAACUCACAGUCAUCAGUCGUUGAUCCAGAAGAAAUUGAUACCGAUUUGGAAGAUUAUUUGGAUCAUAUUGAAAGUGUUAAAAUGUAAAUAAAAAAUUUAAUUAAAGUUCAUAAUUCAUGGCUGACGUUCA